AUGGACCCCAUAUUAAGUCUUACGUCUGACGUCAUAUUAUACGGUGACACUGAUGACGAUCUACCAAUUUGUGAUUGGCUCCUGAAGAAUUCUACAUAUGAUGCAUUGGAGUUAGACGAACAGCUUGGUUUUAACCAACCAACAGAUUUAGGAGCAACCGUCCUUACAAAAACUGAAAACUUUUCAAGAGUUAAACCCCUUUUCGAUGACUAUAGCUUAUCACCGAAUGUUUCUGACUUAGAAAUGGUAGAAAAUCCACAUAGACCAACAACACAGAUGGACGAGCACCGUGCUUCACCUUCUUUAAUUCCAGAAAAUGACGUUUUAUAG